GCUUGUCAAACCGAACCUCCUCCUCCGCUUACUGUCCCCUCCCAGCGGCUCUCACUCCCUUCGCCACUGCAGUGAAAGCCUCGGUUACAGAGAGAGACGGCGAGGAGAGUCUGAAAGCUGGGUACAAAUCCAGGACCAGACCUCUGAAGAGGCACUACUACCGUGUUGGGGUUUUUUUUUGUAUCGUUCCGCUCGGCUCGGCGGCCCGCUGACUCUUCCUGUUUCACCUCUUUUCCGUUCUCAUCGCCUGGAUUUCAUCAUCCGACCCGCAAGAUGGGAAAUGAAGCCAGUUACCCCCUGGAGAUGUGCUCACAUUUCGAUGCUGAUGAGAUUAAGAGGCUAGGGAAGAGAUUUAAGAAACUCGACCUAGAUAACUCGGGCUCGCUCAGCGUGGAGGAAUUCAUGUCUCUGCCGGAGCUGCAACAGAACCCGCUGGUGCAGAGGGUUAUCGACAUAUUUGACACGGACGGGAACGGAGAGGUGGACUUUAAAGAGUUUAUUGAAGGAGUCUCACAGUUCAGCGUCAAGGGAGACAAAGAACAGAAACUCCGAUUCGCUUUCAGGAUUUACGACAUGGACAAGGACGGCUACAUCUCCAACGGCGAGCUCUUCCAGGUGCUGAAGAUGAUGGUGGGCAACAACUUAAAGGACACGCAGCUCCAGCAGAUCGUGGACAAGACCAUUAUAAACGCAGACAAGGACGGAGACGGCAGGAUAUCCUUCGAAGAGUUCUGUGCAGUGGUCGGCGGCCUCGAUAUACACAAAAAGAUGGUGGUGGACGUGUGAGCGCCCUCCGCUUGCUGAAUCGCCCUCCUCGCCCUCAACACUCGCUUUUCUCCACCAUCUCCGAAGAUCUGCUCAAAGACGUCUGGCAAAACGCUCUCUGUGUAACUCAAUGGAAGUAUUCUCUCUCUUUAUAUCUAUCUCUCUGUGAAGCCGCUUUUUCUUUUCUCUCUUUUUCUUUCUUCUUUUUUUUUUUGCUUUCAAAAAACCACGGGCCUCGUGAAGCCAACUUUGAAGUGUUAUUGAACUGUAAGUCCGCAAUAACCCGGUCGUAGCACUUUAAGAGACUGAAGGACAUCCAUUUGGUCAUUUGCAAAGAGCAUCUCUGGUUGUGGAAGAAAAAAGGAGGGAAAAGGGGGGUAGAGGAGGGGCGCAGUGGAGAGGCUGGUUGGCUUGUUCAUAUUUCAUCCUUUUUUUUUUGGGUAAUUGUUAUUUUUGAUAUUUAUUUUUGUUGUCUUUUAUAAAGAAAAAAUACAACUAUAUAUCUGCAUUUAUUUUUCUUUUUUUUUUUCUUUUUUUUUUUGAGAGGACGUGUGUAGUGUAUUUACACUUGCAGCAGUACAGCUAGAAAGUAGGGUAUGAAGUGCCAACCAGAACAUAUCCAGAACCAGUUCGUUAUUAACUAUCAUCACUGCAUUCAUUCACACGGAGGGGGGGAAAACCGGAGGGCGACGCUUCCAACUGCACGACUGCGAGGCAUCGUAAAUACACAACAAAAUUUCAUAACCUUUUUUUCUUUUUUUGGCUCCCGCGCUCAGUUUGAACCGACCAUUUAAAAGCUUCCAAUCUUAGCGACACUUCUCAUCGUCUUUUUUUUUUUUUUUUUUCUAAUAAGAUGGCUAGUUUUAUUUAUACGUAAGAAUGUGUUCAUAUUGUCGGACAUCAUCCCCGUUUCCUGUCAUGAGAUUCUAGCUAGGUUCAAUUAAUGCCAAGAAAAUGUCUUUCCAGAUAAAGAAAAAGGACAAAAAAAAAAAAAAAACAACUUAAACCGGUCAUGGCUGCAAGCUGAUAACAUGGUUUACUGCGGAAGAAAGCAUUGCUCAUCCAUAAUGACAAUCUUCAAUGCAAAGAAUAGUUAAGCACUCGCUAUUGAACUGUAGUGGAAUUCAUGCUUUUUCUGUGCCGCUAGCAGACCAUGCUGGAUGACAUUUUGGCAAAGAACUGAGAGAGAACAGUUAUGAGAUUUUUAGGCCGUCUGUGCGAGGAUAAAGCAACUUAAGAGACUUACCUGCAGGCAGCAGUUGUCGUUUGUUGUUUUUCUUUCUUUUUCUUUAUUUUUUUAAGGGAAAAAAAAAAAAACGAUAUGUGUAUAUUAGGUAAACAAUGUGUGCUCAUUUUAUCGAACCGCAGAAAGAGGAAGAGGAGGGAAGGCUUUGCCUCUGAAAUGUCUCAGUGCAGCACAGGACGGGUCAGUUUCCUUCAACGCAAAAACACUUAAUCUUAACACGUUAGCAUGAUCGGUGUGCAAUGGCGCUAGACUAGUUUUUAGGGUUUUCUGUUUUUAUCUGGAGCGUGUACAUUUCAAAAGUUGGCUUCCACUCCCACUUUUUAUUAUUAUUAUUACUACUAUUUUCUCUCACAAACAUGUUGUUUUUCUCUCCCCCAGUCCUUCUUUUUCCAAACCUGCUGAUUCAAGCAGGGAUAGGAAAAAAAACAAAAUAAAAAAAACAACCAAAACCUUAAAUUCAACCAAAUUUUUAUUUUAUUUUUUUUUUAUUUCCAAGGGAAAAAAUGCUUCCUACUAUUAACAGCAUUGGGAUCGAUGUCCGUUUUGCUUUGGAGGCCAACUGCUAGUUUUAACAGGACUUCUCAGUCAGAUCUGGAGUGCUCUAUUGUUCCCCAUCCCUGAGCUCUGCACGGCUUUGGGCCUCCCUGUGCUUGCAUGACAUGGAAGUAUAUUUUUUUUUUGUUGUGCAUGUAGAUCAAUUUUUUGAAAUAAAACUCUUGUUUACACAUGGAUGGUGAUGUUAAUAUAUUUAAGAAUUUUACGGUAUACAAUAUGGAUGUUGCCAAACUUUGGUAAAUGUACACAUAUUAUGAGCGGUAAUCCAAAUGAACUGAACUACAUGUAACUUUUUUGUAUUUUACCCGGGUCAGCGAGAUGCUUCGAUUCCAGUAAAAGUUGCAUAUCUGAUCCUGUCUCAAACUGCCACACACUGUACUCAGCGUAAAGGGGAAAUUUGAUUUAAAUUUUUUUUUUUCUUUUGUAUAUAAGUAUUUGUUAAAUGCAGUUCUGGCUCUCUGUUCUCUGUAUAGUUCAGACCGCGCUUUAGUUUGUAAGUGCUACUUUUUUCUCUGAGGGAAUUGGGUUCUUUUUAGUUUGCGUGGGAAUACCUGAAAAGAUUUAAGUUUGAGAACCUUUUUUUUUUUUUCUUUUCCUUUUUCUGCAUGCUGCAUAUUAUGCUGUGGGACUGUUGGAAACUUGAUACUGUAUGAAAAUGAAAUAAAAUUUAAAUAAACUUUGAAAUGUUGAAAGUAA